CGGCCCCGCAGCCCCCGGAGCUGGGACAACUGUUGCGGCGGCGGCUGGGGCACCGCGGGGGCGUGAGCGGCCCCGCGCCCCGGUAGGCGGCUCAGCCCCGCGGGCGCCGGCUCCCGGCGGCGGAGCAAGGAGCGAGCGGGCGGCGGGCACAAGGCAGCGCUCGACGAACCGAUGCAAGCCAAACGAUGACCAGUUGUGGCCAGCAGCCCUUGAACGUGCUCGCCGUCCUCUCGUUGCUGAUUUCCGCAGUCUUGUCCGCGCAUUUCCGUGUCUGUGAGCCAUACACGGACCACAAAGGCCGCUAUCACUUUGGCUUCCACUGCCCCCGGCUCUCGGACAACAAAACCUUCAUCCUCUGCUGUCACCAUAACAACACGGUUUUCAAAUACUGCUGCAAUGAGACAGAGUUCCAGGCGGUGAUGCAGGCAAACCUCACGACCGGCUCCGAGGGCUACAUGCACAACAACUACACCGCCUUGUUGGGAGUGUGGAUCUAUGGCUUCUUUGUGUUGAUGCUACUCGUCCUGGAUCUUUUGUAUUACUCGGCAAUGAACUACGACGUUUGCAAGGUUUACCUGGCACGGUGGGGCAUCCAUGGACGGUGGAUGAAACAGGACCCCAGGCGGUGGGGGAACCCUGCCCGGGCACCCCGGCCAGAGCAGCCGGCCCUGCAGUCCCAGCCUCCCCCGGGUCCCCUGCCUCAAGCCCCCCAGGCCGUCCACACGCUGCAGAGAGACAGCCACAGCCCACCGCUGAUGAGCUUCCAGGGUUCGUCUGCCUGAAAACCCUUUUGCCGUGCCUCAGGAUGGGGGAGGUGAGACCCAAAGCACCUGGCUCAGCCUCCGAGAAGUACCACUUCAAGACGCCAGGGAGAGCCAAGACGGCCGCGGUGGCGGCAGAGGAGAAAACGCCGCCUGUGCCCGAACCCUUCCUCGGACUUCUAACACUACGAGCAAACUCAGGGGUGGGGGCCGGGUGCAGGGGGGGGCUUCUGAGCUACCCGUCCGCAAGCAAUAGUCCCAUUUUGGGCCAGUGGUUUCUGAGAGAUGGCGCCAUGGUGGACUCAGGAUGACCGACACAGCUGCUCCGGCCAAGUGAAGCCGGGAGGAUUCAGGCCAUGUGUCGUACCCGUGCGUGGUUCCCUUGCCUCUGCUCCCUCCAGUAGUGGCCUGUGGGCCUCUCUGUGUCAGAAUAUUGAAUGUGAGUGUGUGUGCGUGCGUGUGCGUGUGAUCAGGGGUAUCCUUUUUGUUUGUUUGAUUGGUUUUAUUGGGGUCCCCCCAAGUUCUCUGACGGGCCUGAGUCACCUUGUGCUGGGGGUCUGGCCCAGCGUCCGGGCUCCAGCUUCUUGCUGCAGCUGUGAGCCAGAUGGAGUUGGCAAGCACAGGGCACAGCCACGCUUUGUCUCAGGGGGUGUUGGGGAUGCAAAAUGCCGGCGGGGUUUCGUUCUUAUGGAAUUUGUUCCCAUAAUGACAGUGAUAAUGAGAGACACGUCUCAGGCCAUCCUCGGGGCAGGCACUAGAUUAUCUUCACGUACGCCCUCUCUCAUCACCUGGGAGGUGGGUGGGAUGAACUCCCUGCAGAAAUGGCCCAUGUCUCACAGCCAGGAGGAGACCAGUCCUCGGUUUGACCUCAGAGGUAUAAGAACCCGAAGUCCAAGCUCCCCAGCCCAGGGUACCCCCAACACAGUCCCUGGAGCAUCCCCCCAAUGGCUUCUCAGUGGAUGGGCCAUCACCCAAGCUCUCCACCGUCGCUUCCGCAGGACCCUCCUACACACAGCACAUUCUGGUUAAACACCUACUGUCUGCCAGCCCUCUGCUGGGCAGCGAUCGGGAAGGGAGAUGAGUCAGGCUGGCCUCGUCCCUGCCCUGGAGGAGCCGCAUCUGGUGGGAGAGACAGACACACAGAUCUUUGCUGGACAGAGUGAUGAGCACUGUGGAAAUGCAGAGGGGAAGGUUCUAGAAGCCCUUCCCAUUUAAGGAGGGACUUCCACAAAAACUUGGAUGCCCAUAACAUCUGUCCACAGAGCUCACCACUGCCACCACCCACCCCGCCAGCCCGGGGGCACACACACGGAAGGGCCUGACCUAGGAAACGAUCACAUAAAUCCCCGAGGGCCAGGGUGGCAGUGUAGACACCCUCAUUCCCCUGGUGUCAGUGAAGCCAAAAUCUCCCCCAGCGCCCAGCUGGGUGGGCCCGGCUCCUCUGCUCGCGUACCCUUACCUAGCAGGACCCAGUGUCUUCCACAGACCCUCUGCCCAUCAGACGUGGCAGUGAGCAGGCAGGCCCCUGCUCGUGGUGCUGGUGUCCUAGCUGGGGGAGCGGACAGGGAAGAAAUAAGCAGUGAAUAAGGAAGGUAGCAAUAGCAGUGAGCCCUAAGCUGAGAAUUUGGUCAAAACAAUGUUCACGGGGGUCCUCUUGAGCUUGGGUGGUCUGGGAAGGGCUUUCUGAGCGGGCUAAGCCCAGCUCUGAAUGAUAAGCAAGAGCCAGCCAUGGACAUUAAAGAUAUUCCAGGCAGAAGGAACAGCUAGUGCAAAGGCCCUGAGGCAGCAACUAGCCUGAUGCUUUCAAGGAACCAAAAGAAAUCCAGGUUGGCUGGGACACAGAGGAAGGGUGGAAAGAGAGGUGGGUGAGAGCCCAGAUGCCGUGGUCCGCUGUGAGUCACCUUAGCCUGGAAAAACAUAACACCUGUCCUUUGAUAAAGCAGAAAGAAGUUUCCAGGGUGUCAAGCGUUUUCCAUCCAGCCUGGCUUUUCGUCCUCUCAAAGCCCAUAAAGAAGGGACUCUCCCCAUUUCGUGGACUGCAAUGCUGAGCCUCAGAUGGGUCAGGUGGCUUGCCCAAGGUCACACAGGCAAGCUAAGGAAGACCCAGACCUGUGGCUUGAGUCCCGCCUUCUCCAGACGGUGCCGCCAGGGCCCGGGUGUACAGCUUUGGCAGAGGCAAUGUCAGAGAACCUCCGCUUGGGGUCUUGAUUAGGGAUAGGCGUGGUUUCCUUUACCCUGGACGCUGAGACAUGCCAGGACCUGCCCCUGGGCCUUGUCCAUGCGGAGCAGUAGUCGCCAUGGAGGGGAGCUCAGUAGUCAUUCAGCCCAGCUGGAUCAGCAAACACCUGCAUCCCAUGUGCAUGGCCUCAGGAAUCAGAGAGACCUGAGCCUUGGGGAGAGCGGUGUGGGCGCAGACCCAGAUUCUGACGUCAGCUCUGCGCUGAGCGCAGUGUGACCCCAGGCAAGUUCUGUGCCUUCUCUGCCUUGACUAAAAGAAAGGGCUGUCGAAGCCCUUCCCACUUAAGGCGGGACUUCCACGAAAACUUGGAUGCUCGUAACAUCUGUCCACAGAGCCGACGUCAGCUCUGCAGGGACUUUUAGGGGGCUUGCUUCUCUGGCUUCCUGCGGUUCUGGGGCUGCUCGUGCGUCUGUUCAUACGGAGAUGCUUCCCCUCCAAGAAGGAGCUGGCCUUGCCUCUCUGCCGCGAACACUAGAGCCAGAGGUCACUGUCACAGAGACCAGCAAGGGCUAGGGUUCCCCUGAUCUGCAACCCUGGGCUUGAGAACUUGCAAGGCGCUGCUCCCGACUCCACCAGAGGUCUUUCCAGGAACGAAUGAUGACCCCGUGGAGGUUUACUGUUGCAGCCGGGCUGGGGAUCAGAACCCUCUGUUGUGUGCAGGCGGCCCCUCAUCGUGAAGCUCAGCAGACACCACAGACUUAGCAAACGGACACAGGGCAGCCUGGGAUGCAGGGGGUGGAGUGCAGGGACCCACAGCACUCGCUGCCCCUUCCCCGCUGGGUGGUGUUGGGCAAAUCGCUUCACCUCUCUGAGCCUCACCUGUCAAGUGUGUGGGGUGUUGGCGUGGGACGGAGUGGCUGAGGGGAGAGGGCAGCGUGCGUGGGUGUGAAUGCCCAUCUGAAAGGCACACGUGUGCGGUUCAUUCCCUCUUAAUGUCAAGGGCUCCUCAAAGCCCCUGGGACACGGGCCAUCCUGACAAAAACCUGCCCCAUCCUACCAUGGCAGGCAGACGCGCCAAUGAGUAGAGUGUCCCUGAGAAUAAGAUGCAGGGUAGUGACAGGUUCAAGUAGAGAUUUACAGAGUUAGUGUUUUUUAGUGACUCCCUAACCUGAUUUUUCGAGCUGCCUAGUUUUACUUUUUACUGUGAGCUUCUGGCUAUAACCACAUAAUUUGUAAAAAUAAUAAUAAUACUACGAAAAGCAAAACAAAAAGAAGAGAGAGAAGAUGGCAAUAUAUCCGCUGAGGAGCUUGUCUUUGACUCCCUGUAUUUGUAAGGACUUUUUCCCACUGGGAACUGUGUGUUAUAACGAGCAGUUUUAUGCUUUCCUUCUCAUCUGUGUAUAGCGUAAUUGUGCGUUUGGGAAUCUCUACGCAGAACCAAUACCUGGUAGCACCCAUGGGCCUCUCUGCCCCCACCUGAACCUCUGAGAUCCCCCUGCACCUCAAGGAGCAGCCCGCUAGCUCAGAAGGGCCUGGGACCGCCAGCUGCCAGCCCGACAUCUGACGCUGACCGGGACCUAUAGGAAACAGGCCUUAACUGAAAGCACACGCACACGCACACACACACAUGCACACAUGCACACGUGUGAUUCUGCAGGUAGAUCCCGUCUCUCUGAUGAGCCCGUCUCUGAUGCUUUAGAGGAAGAGCAGGUAGGCAGCUAGCAUUCCUGGAGUGGGGGCCUUUCUCCUCUUCAUCCAAAAAACCCUUCCGGCAAAUUCAUCCCCAGGGCUAGAAAGGAGGGCUUGGGGGCGUCAGGGGAAACACAGCCAGGAAUGGGGUUAACAGGCUUCUACCAAGAGAUGCUUCUCAGCUCACCGUCAGAUCAAAAGCUCCCUUUAGGCCAUUCCCAUCACAUCGAGCCUGGCACCAUCUCCCAUGCGCCCAGCAGACCCCCAGACCCCUGUCCACACCAGGCCGGUGUCCCAGCCCUCUGCUGUCCCUCCGGACCACGGUCCCUGCCCAGGCCCUGGCUCCUGGCUCCUCUGACACCCCAUUUACUGUGUCUCCUAGAGGUCGUGCCGUAAAAGAAGAUUAGUUUCCCAGAGUCACAGACUUUUUGAAAGUUGUUGAUUGAUUUUCAUUUUUUCAGCUUUGCUGAUUGGUCCCCACCGACGGCAGGAGCCAUGCCUUAGGUGGCCCUCAGAGGUGAGUUUACAGAUUCCGCAGCGGGCCGAGUUGACAGGACAGCCCCGAGAGGAGUCGCUGGGGGCACUUCUUGCCCAUGUGGAGGGGCAGCCACGUCACCGCAGACACGUCUGGGUGGCCCCCCUCUGCGGCAACCUUGGGGGAUUCUUAUCUUACCGCUCACCUGGCGAGCAUAGACAGUGUCUACCUGUCCCCACUGGCCAUCUGAAGGGUCAGCGGGGCAGCCACCCACCCAGUGAGUGGGUGACACUCUGGCCACUGCCACCUGCAGCCCCAGAACUCACCACCAGGCUGGGGUGAUGUCCUGUCCCCUCCAGAAAACAAACACGGCACACCCUCCGUCUGACCGAUGCCACGCCAGGCUCCCCAGCCCCUCCUUACAGCACAAAUGCAGCACCAGAUGGUGAUUAAGUGAAUGUAUGCAGCUUUGGAGCCCGUGGCCUGAAAACUUGAAUGUUGAGUUGAGCAGUCAGGUGAGGUAGAAGAUUCUAGAGAUUCCAUUUGUUCAUGCAUGCAUUCAUUCAUCUAUUCAACAAAUAUUUACCCAGUGCCCCUCUGGGAGCUAUUCCUGCUGUAGACGGAGAUGUCAGGGAACAUGCAGUGUCUGAGGGAGAGGCUGGGAUCACCUGUGAAAUGACUUGUUGUGCCUAACGGUUAGGAAUGUUCAAAUUCAUAAAGAGAAUAAGUGACCUUGGAGGUGGCAUUGUCUCCCCCCUCUCCCCACCCCCAAGUUUUCAGUCCAAGAUGCUGCCAGACAGUUGGUGCUAGAUAGAUGCUUGAUGAGUAAGCAGCUUUUACUAUUAGUUACACUCUACCUAAAACUCCUAUCUUCACGUCAAAGCCCUGACCUGUUUGCCCUUGACGGACUGAAAUUCAGGGCUGCUGCAGUGCCCACCUCCAGAGGGCACCGUUUCUAUAGACUGUGCUGUGAACAGUGACCCCAGGGAUAGUGCAGUAAGGCGCCCUGUGAAUUGCCCUAAACUGCUCUCCGAAAUGUGCAGGAUCCCAUCAAAGUCAGCGAACCCCAGGAAGGGUCACCGUGCACAUGACCAAAACUUACAGAUUACACGGCCUCUGUGGGCAUCCAGUGUGGUCACAACUGGAGCCAAACUGGUGUCCCCAAGAGAAUCUCUUCUUGGAAACUCACCUCAAGUUCUCACCUCGGUUCCUUCCUGUCUCUUCCCCAUCUUCUAGGUUAAAGCUAGUGGGAUACGUCACUGUCAAAUAACCAAACAGUCAGGGUCUGGGUGAUGGGCAAUAACUAAGUGGGGACUGCGAGAGUGGGGGGCUUUGUCACCCUGACAAGGUAGGACCCCCCCACCCAAGGUCAGUGUGUCCUCCCCAGGAUCAGCCGGACAAGGGCGCAGACACCAUGGGACAGACUUGUCUCUCUCCUGCAAACCCCUACUUCACGUGAGCAGGCGUGGGGUCUCUCUGAGAGCUGAUAACAGGGAAAACCAAAAACCAAUAAUAUUCCUAAUAAGAAUAUAAUGUAAUAAUAAUGAUAAUAAUGAUGUGUUUUACACGGACCGCUGUUGCACUGCUUUUGUCUUUAUACACAGUAGUUUUUAUAAAGAUGUCCUUAGGUUUUAAUAAAGGAGUGUCACGUCAA